UGUUUGCUUCAGAUAAGAGAUUAAAUACGCUACGGCUGUACAAAUGAAUACACAUAUUAGUACAAAAUACAAAUUUAUCUUUUUCAGUCAAUUCUGGCAUGUGUCCAAACUUACAAAUGAUAUCACCGAUGGAGUUUUAUGUGCUGAUAAUCUUUAAUUGAGACUUGAAAGAUUUUUAUAAAGUGAUACUGGAUAAUGUCAGCAUGGCACGCAAUUAAAUGUUUGAUUAAAUGAAUGGUCUCAAAGUAAGUGAUCAAUAAACCAACCCAACAGCUGGAAAUAACUAUCCAAGAAAUUGAUUUUGUAUAGACUUACUUAUUUUUAAUCAACAUUUGGACAUUUAUAAUAGUAUCUUUUUGGAAAUAUUUCUGUGGGAUAUUGCUGUGAUCAUACAAAUGAAAACGGACACGGAAAUCAUUUUAUAAUUUAAUGUGCAUAAACAACUUGAAUAUGAAAAUGUUUAUUAAGCUGUUAAAGACACUAGAACUGGUUUAAUGAAACGACAAGAAAUGUGGAAAAAAACAAAAGCCGGGGAACAGGUAAGUGGCCUUGCUGAAAUGGAAACCGGAGACUUUGACGUGCUGUUUCCUAAAUUGUCUUCACAUUCUGAGACGAGCAGCCGGGAUAUUUCUUCUGCCGAUAGUGUGAAUAAUUCGCCUUUUCAUCAUGAUGAAGCUUACGCUACUUUACCUUUAUCAAAACACAUUGAAAAGCGUACAAUGAAGAAAAAGAGGGUAAAUUUUAAAAAAUCGUCUUACACAUUUGGAUUAACGUUCGGAGACAGAACAGGAAAAGACCAUUUCGACUCACUUAAAGAUUUUGAUGUCAAUAAAACGUCUAGCAAGCAAGCAAAUGUUUCUGCUAAAUCCAAACCAGAGCAUGCAGACAACCUUUACCCAUUACCUAAUGCUGAGAGUGUUUCGAUUGACUCUAAAUCAUUUGAUGACGAACAUAAAUGUGCCACUGUCACUCAGCAUAAGUCACAACAAAACAAACCUAAAAAUUGCAAAGGAAAGGCUAAAUCAUUUCGUUUCAAACAACCUUCUUCUGCGUUCCAAUGUGUUUCUUCUGAUCUUUGCGUUCAAAGACAUUUAUCAGCGUCAGAGUCAAGUCGGCUUAAUAGAAAUUCAGCAAGACAACAGCAACGCAAUAACAACAAAUCUAUGCAUUUUAAGGCAAUGACAGACAGUUCGGAAUUAGAUAAUGAUGAUUUUGAUGUCGAUUCUUCACACGAAGACAGUAUUUUAGAGUUAAUGGUUGCAAAGGAAGAGAUGUUUCCAUUACAUAAAAAGCAUGGCAAAUCAAAUAAGGACACUGAUUUAACAGACAAUAAAGUCAAACAACGACAACUGUUUGAUCAUCCUAAAAAGCAUCGUGAAAAUUCAUACGAUAUGAUUGAAACUGGAAAGAUCGGAAGCAGAAAAUCACAGCAUGGAAAAAACAUCUUUUUAAAGAGAUUGAUAGGAAAGGAGUCAAAAUAUGUUCUUGUUGAACUUACAAAGUCCAAUGUUGCGUUGAAAGAGUGCAUACAAAAGGCAAAGAUGAAUAAUGAACAUAUUGAGCUAUUUUUAGAAAUACUAGCCAAGGCAUAUGAAUGUGAAAUGGUACCAAAUGCCAUGAUUAUGCUAUAUGAAACUUUGAAAGAAAAUGAGUUUUUCGACACGUUGAGCCUGUUUCUUAUUGACCUCCAAGAUCGUUUAGAAGACCCUGAACACCGGAUUGAGCACAUAAAGAUAUUAAAAAACAUUCUUGACAUUGUUGUUAAACAGAUAACAAUAAAUCCGUUAUCAGCAACGUUCUUAUCAAGGGUUUACAAAGUCCUUAAGCAAAUUUUUGCUGAAAUGAAAGAUGACGACGGCCAUGCCCUUGAUAAAGAUAUUCAGAUAAGGUUCACUAUUUUGACAGAGCGAAGAAAGACCGCAGAAAAAUUGUUGAUAUCAACAUCAAGUAGUAAAGACAAAUUGCAACCUCCGGAAGAUUUUAGGUUGAUACAGGUAACGCCAAGUGCCAAUGAGAUACAAUGUGCCGCUCAGCCAUUUUUGAGGCCAAACAAAGUAAAUGGAGGAUACGAUGAUCUUGAUCAUUAUUUAGACGUUCAAUUCCGGCUUCUUCGUGAGGAUUUCGUAGGACCUUUACGAGAAGGAAUCUCACAGUAUAUCAAAUCAAAUAUGGGAAUGCAAAAAGGGCAACAGAAAACGAAUUCAGAUAUCAGAAUAUAUAAUGCCAAGGUUUACUCACCAGUUAUAACUGAAUGUGGAUUUUGUUAUCAGCUUAAGUUAGAGAUGACACCACGUCUCCGUAAAACAAAUUGGUCUGUGAGUAAAAGGCUAAUCUAUGGGUCUCUGCUUUGUUUAACAAAUGACGAUUUUGCAACUUUAACUUUGGCAACUGUUGUUGGAAGAGAUGAUGAAGACAUAACACGUGGAUUAUUUACAAUACAAUUAGAUGGAGGAUUUCACACAACUGAUUUCCUUCAUCAAACAUUUAAAAUAGCAGAGACAUCAGCUUAUUUUGAAUCCUACAAAUAUGUCCUUAAAGGAUUACAAGCUAUUAAACCAGGCGGAAUGCCAUUUGAAAGGUAUAUAGUCCACUGUGAAAGCAAAGUUGAUAAACCUGCUUAUAUUUCUACAGAGACAGUUUUUGACCUCAGUCCUCUUGUUGAUCAAAAUGCUAAAAUAUCAAAUACAAGGAGGUUACCAGACCUAGAUGUGACAAGAAAAAGAGACUACAUGAUGCAGCAAAGCAGUACCGGGGCCCAAUCAUUAAAUGAAGCUUCAGAAACUGCAAAGGCAGUGAAAAUUCUAGAUACGAAUAAUUGGCCGAAUAAAGAGACCCUAAAUUUAGACGAGUCUCAGUAUGCUGCAAUACAAACAGCUCUGACGAAAGAAUUUUCAAUCAUUCAAGGACCCCCGGGGACAGGAAAAACGUAUAUUGGACUGAAAAUAACAAAAGCUCUGCUACAUAACAUACACUUAUGGGGGGAACCAAAAGUUGACAAAACCGUUAGGCCUAUGUUGAUUGUGUGCUACACGAAUCAUGCAUUGGAUCAAUUCCUUGAAGGAGUUUACAAUUUUUUUGAAGGGGAUAUUGUUCGUGUCGGAGGACGAAGUAAAAGCACUAUUCUAGAGCGUUGCAGUCUGAAGGCCUACCGUAAAUCUUAUGCUGAAACCAACAGAGCAGUACAGUUGCAAUUGAAGGCUGAACUUGAACAAAAUUCCAGUAAUGUUUCUCUGUGGGCAAAGUCACUUGAAUUGUAUCAUAGUGAAAUAGUACAUGAAAAAUAUCUAUUUCAUGAAAUGAGUAGGCGUUUCUAUAACAAUCUCGUAAACCGCACCCGAAAAAGAAGGAAAAAAGGUAACUUGGCAAGUAUUGCGAAUUGGUUAGGCAUUGCUCACAUAGUAGAAGAAACCAAACGACAAACGAAAAUAAGGGAAAAUGAAAAGAUGUUUGUAAGUGUAGAUGAUGAAAAAUCUGAAAGAAGAAAUAAAAGUCUACUUGAAGGAAUAGAUGACAAUUAUAAAAUAUCUGGAUGUGAAACUAAACUGAUAAAUAAAAUACGCAUGAGUACCAUUGCAUUUUAUGUUGAAGACAUUAUAAUUCCAGAAGAUACUAACAUGAACCCGGAGCUGCUAGCAGAAUUAGACUUCAGAAGAAGCUUAAAAGAGAGGCUUCAAGUAAUGAUUAUGGCACCUGAGGUAAUGAGUCGAGAAGAAGCAGACCGUAUAGGAAAUAUUUGGAACAUGACUUUUAAAGAUCGAUGGCGACUCUACCGAAUGUGGUUACGACAGCUUUGUAACAAUAUCUAUAGUAAAAUUGAAAGUAAAAAAAUGGAAUUCGAGGCUGCCUCAGAACGAUAUCGAGACUUUAUCCUUGAACAGGAAAAGGAAAUUAUGCAAAAUGCUACAGUUAUUGGAAUGACGACGUCGUGCGCAGCAAAAUACCAAGCUACCUUGUGUGAAAUAGAGCCAAAAAUAGUUAUUGUAGAAGAAGCUGCUGAAGUUCUCGAAGCGCACGUAGUAACAACGUUAAGUAAAGGAUGUCAGCAUCUCAUAUUGAUUGGAGACCAUAAACAAUUAAAACCAAAUCCAACUGUCUACAAACUUGCUGUGAAAUACAAACUUAAUAUUUCCCUUUUCGAACGAAUAGUAAGUAACGGAAUUCAAUUCAACACCCUUAAAUUGCAACAUAGAAUGCGUCCGGAAAUAGCUGAAAUAAUAAGGCACAUCUAUCCCGAAUUAAAAGACCAUGAUAUUGUGAAGUCCUACCCUAAUGUAAAGGGUAUUUCGUCUAACCUAUACCUCAUAGAUCAUAGGCAUUCAGAAGAAAGCAACGAAGACUUAAGAAGCUAUUCAAAUUUGCAUGAAGCAUUAUAUAUCACAGCAUUGUGUCGUUACCUGCUGUUACAGGGCUACAAAAGACACCAAAUAACAGUGCUGACUACCUAUACUGGUCAAUUGAUGUGUUUGCGGAAACAAAUGCCUCGUGAUGAGUUUGAGGGAGUAAGGGUGACUGUUGUAGAUAACUAUCAAGGUGAGGAAAAUGAUAUUGUGCUUCUGUCGUUGGUUCGAAGCAAUCAGGAUAGUAAAAUAGGGUUUCUUAAAAUAGAUAACCGUAUAUGCGUAGCCUUGUCAAGAGCCAAAAUUGGAUUUUAUUUAAUCGGAAAUUUCACUCAGCUAGCAUUGAAUUCAAAUUUGUGGAAAUCUAUUGUUAGUGAUAUGAGAUCACAAGGCAAGUUCGGUGAUCAGUUAAAGUUGUAUUGCCAAAACCAUCCAAAUGAUGACGCAAUUGUUGCAAAAGAAGGAAAGGACUUCAACAAAGCUCCUAACGGGGGAUGUUCAAAAAAAUGUGAAACUAGGUUGAAUUGCGGUCAUGUUUGUCCAAAGUUUUGUCAUGUCGAAGACAAAGAUCAUAUUCAGUAUGAAUGCAUGAAGCCAUGCCAAAAUACAAUAUGUGUAGAUCACAGAUGUCCCGACUACUGUUUUGAAGUUUGUAGACCUUGUCGAGUGCUUGUCAGUAAAGUUGUUCCAAAUUGUGGACACGAACAAAUGAUCGAAUGUUCAUUACCAUCAGAAAAGUUCAUUUGUCAAAUGCUAUGUGAAGCAAUUUUAGCAUGUGGUCACAAAUGCACAAAGCUGUGCGGUGAGAAGCACACAAAAUAUUGCAAAGAAAAGGUAGAUCGAGAGUUGCGAUGUGGUCAUACCAUCUCAACUGAUUGUUACCAACCUAUCGAUGCUAUAGAGUGUCCUGAAUCAUGUCAAACACUUUUAAAAUGCGGUCAUCUAUGCAAAGGAACAUGUGGAUACUGUAAUUGUGGCCGUUUUCAUAUGCGAUGUAAUAAAGCUUGUAAGCGCAUUCUUGUCUGUGGUCAUGAGUGCAGUGAUGUUUGUAACAACUGUCAACCAUGUACAGCAAAAUGUGAAAAUAGGUGUGUUCACAGUAUAUGCCAAAAUAGUUGCGGGGAAUUAUGUGUUCCGUGCCUGGAGCCAUGUGAGUGGAGAUGUCAGCAUUUCAGAUGUUCUCAGCUGUGUAGCGAACCUUGUGACAGACCAAGGUGCGACGAACCAUGUGAUAAAUUAUUACAAUGCGGUCAUCCGUGCAUGGGUUUCUGUGGUGAACCUUGUGCAGAAUUCUUUUUGCAGAGUAUGUGAUUUUGAAAAUUGUUACAGAGAUACUGUUUGGCAAUGAAGACGAAACCAGGUGCAAGAUUUGUUUAUCUUGAGGACUGCGGACAUAACAUUGAAUCAAGUGCUAUGGAUACAUAUAUGGACGCUCAACAAGAUGAGGAAGCUAUACAGCUAAAAGGGUGUCCAAAAUGUAAAACUCCAAUACGGAAAUGCUUAAGAUAUGGGUCCGUGAUAAAAGAAAAUCUACAUCAAAUCGAAAUGGUAAAGCAGGCUAACGUUAAGAAAACUUCCCUCGACGAACUUCAAAAUGAGCUUAAAAAAGCAAUUCAAAGUUCACCACUUCGAGAGGGUCGUUUAUCACAUCUUAGGUUGUCAGGUUUCGGAUUUGGUAGAAAUGAGAAAAACCUUAAUGAUGAUAAUAUAACAAAAAUCAGUGGCUUAUAUAUACUCAAAUCAAGAGUGUCAAAAGAUAACAGCAAAUUGUGGACAGAAGUUCAGAUUGCUACCAUAAGGAAUCAACGUGCAAUUUUCGAUGCACUUGAUGAUAUCAGCAGAAAAAUGAAGGGAAUGAAAUCGCACAGCCUCGAAAGUGAGAAAGCCCUUCUAUCGUUUUACUCAAUGCUAAAGUUAGAUAUAUUAAAUGAAAGAAAUUCUCUAACAGAGCAAGAAAUUGAUGAUUUUCAAAGAGAGAUAGAGAGAGGUCAUGAUUACAUUGACCUUGAUAAUUCAGACAGAGUUUUAGAAAGCAUUAGGAAAAUAGAAAACAUUUUGCUUAAGCACGAAAGAUAUACCGAAGAUUUACAAAAGUGCGUGAGACAAGAAUUUGAUAUAAUCAAAGACCUUACAAAGAUAGAUGGACUUGAAAUCAGCGGUGAAGAGCGAUUAGAGAUUGUCAAAGCUUUGGGAUUAUCUAAAGGCCAUUGGUUCAAAUGUCCUAAUAAUCACAUAUAUGCAAUCGGAGAAUGUGGUGGAGCUAUGGAACGAGGGACAUGUCCUGAAUGCAAAGAAGAGAUAGGAGGAAAUCAGCAUCGUCUGACAGAUGGAAACUCACUGGCUCCUGAAAUGGACGGUGCUACGUUUGCUGCAUAUUCAGAGGAGGCAAAUAAUAUGGCAAACUUUGAUUUGAAUGAUUUACAGUAAUAACAUGAAAUGGAUGUAAAUAUGACAUAUUUCGGAAGGACAGCACGAAUGAUCGGUCGGUGGUAUUCAACAAUUUCUGCAUUUCUAUGUCGUAAUUACUUAGUCCACGAAGCAUAUUUUAUAUUAAUGACUUACGACAUGGCUCUUUUACAUAACGAAGCAUGUAAACGUUAAAGUUGUUUGCCUCCAGGAGCGAGUAAAUUAUAAAAGCUAUUCCUUCAAGUUUGGUAUUCGUGUUUACAUUAAUGCAAAGUCGCCUUAUCAAAAUGGCGGAAAAUCCUAAAUAUUAAUGAUUUAAUGCAAAGUUUGCUCAUUCUCAAUAAAACACAGCAUUUGGUGUUCAACUGGGUAGCUCUUAUACGAAGGGUUUUCUUAAGGUCAAAAUGUCUUAAGAAAGGUGGCUGCAAUUUUGUCUAACAGGGACUCUCUCAGUUUUACAUUUUUAUCUGGUAUUUUUCUUUAACAAGUACAAUUAAUGCCCUAAAAUGUAACAUAUGUUACUGUCGCCACCUAGAAUUUUCAACUUUGAAAAAUAAGUUCCAGAAUAAACGAAACAUGUGCAAUUAGUCAUUGCUGCAUGCAUACGCACUUUAAUAAAAAGUGGAAAAUAUAUUUGAUCGUGACAGAAAUUACAUAACUGAAAAAAAUGCAUGCUUAAAUUAUUUUACAAAAAAUGUUUUUUGUUGUUGUUUUUUUUUUACCUUUACCUGUAUUUGAAUAAAAUGAAACAUGCGUGACAUGUUGUAUGGGGAUAAAUAUAGAACUGUUUUGCAAUAAAUUUUCCAAAUAUGAAGAAAGUGGAAAACUGAAUAUUUUGAAAAAAGGUUGCGAAAUAAAUAACAUUUGUGUAUGCAUUCGACCUCUUACAUAUAAUAUAUGAUAUAUAUCCUUUGAAUGAAGACAUAAAAUAAUCAUUUUCAAAUAUUGACUCUUUUUGCCUUUUACGAAUAUUAACUUUGAAGAAAUUAACUGAAAAAUUAGCGAGGUACCCAACUUUUUUUAAUUUUCCUGGGUUAGGAAGUCCCUCGAGAUAUAGAAUUUACAGAUUUGCAUAUGUUUUACAGACAUUUGUUAUUUAUAUUCAGCCAAUAUGCUACAUUAUUAGAUCUGAAAUCUACGUUACCGAGCAAAUACAGUGUCAUUACCGAAAUAAAGCCAUCAUGUUAUAUUAUAAUUUCUUGUUGAAAAUAUUUCAAAUUCUGGCAAACUUGCAAAAAACCCUUAACUUUUACUUCAGCGAUAAAAAAUGACACGAUGACAACAUUAGAUUUUUAAUAUUUUCCAACCUUAAAUGCUUCAUUUUAUUGAGAAUGGGCGAGUAAUGCCCUUUUUCAACUUAGAUUUUAGCCCUGGUUAACCUAUGUGUUAAAGUCUAUUUUCUAACUAUAAAAGCUUUUCACUUCAAACUUGAUAAUUAUACAUAUUCACUAUGAAAAUAUGACAACUUUCAAAAGAUAAUCCAAGGCUUUGUCCCUUUUUUAUUUAUUUCUGUUAUCUUCGAAAAAAAAAUCCCGUACAUUUUAAAAGUUUAUCAAUUUAAACUUGGAACACUAGUUACAUUUUUAAUUGGAAUACAUUUUUUAGGGUAACUUCAAUUUCUUUAUUUUUCUAAGUUAUGCCCCCGUUUUGACUUUGUAUUUCUUUGUGAAACCUUUUGUUUAGGUAUAAUUCUCAAAAAAAAAAUAAAUAAGACAUUCAUUUUAAAUUUGGAGGACUUGUUCCCUUUGAAAUUUGAAAUGCAUUUCUAAGGGGCAGAUAAUCAUGAAAGCCUUUUAUUGCUUUAAUAUUAAAAAGUGCCUUUUUCAAACUUGAAAUAUUUUAGGACUAUCAAGAGCAGGUUAGUCUGCUUAUCGCAUUUCCAGAAUUAUUCCCCUUUUCUAUGUCGAUUUUCUUUAACUAUCCAGCACUGAGAAAAAUGGAGGCCGUUUUUCUUUGACAGGUCUUAUUUUUUGGGGUUUGUACGGGGUUUUUGUUGUUGUUGUUUGGGUUAUUUGUUUGUUUGUUUUUUUAAAGGGACUCUACAGAGUCUCGUUUUCUUUUUACAUG